AUGUACAGUGGAGACGAGCAGCAAUCCGAACCGAGCGAAGAUGAAAGCCUACAACGCCUAAAAAGGAUACGAGGUGGAAAUCGAGCCAAAACAACAAAGUUAAUCAACGAAGCCGAAGAAAUUAUUGAACGUUACCCAAGAACAGAGGAAAUCGACCCCGAAAUUAGGAAUAAACUUGAAAUAAGGUUAGAGAGUCCCUCGAAGAAUAAGAAGUCAAUUCGAUGUUACUUCUGUGGUAAAGGCCAUUUUUCAAACGAGUGCAAGGAGGUGACAGACCUCAGACAACGCAAGGCGAUUUUGCAAGCGGCGAAACGAUGCUUCAAGUGUUUGCGAGUUGGACAUGUAUCAAAGGACUGCAGUUUCAACCGAAAAUGCUUUAAUUGCAAUGGCAAUCAUAACUCAGCCCUUUGCAACAAGGAUGAACAAGAGCUCAGACAAGAUUCAUCUGUGGCGAUGUCAAAUGUCAAAGAAAAGACGAAUGUUAUGCUCCAGACUGCUACCGCAAUUGCCUAUGGUGAAGAUAGAAGCAAGAAGGUAACAUUAUUCGAUAAUGGUAGUCAGAAAUCGUUCAUUUCUGAAGAGCUUAAACGUAAAUUAGAGUUGAAAUCUGAGAUUACGGAAAUUCUUAACCUUAAUACAUUUGGUUCUGAGAGAUACAUUAAGAAAUCCAGCGAUAGGGUUAAGGUUAAUAUAGUAGUACAAGACGAGGUUGUAACUGUUUCAGCAUUAACAUCCCCUGCAGUCUGUUCCCCCUUAAACACUAGAGUAGAUGUAAGUCAUUACCCUCAUUUGAAUGGUUUAGCUCUAGCUGACAGCGUGGAUGUGAGCAACAAGCGUAUAGAUAUUCUCAUAGGCGCAGAUCACUAUUACGACAUUGUAAUAGGCGAGGUUAUUAAGGGUAGCGCAGGACCAGUGGCGAUUAGUAGCAAGCUUGGUUGGCUGCUUUCAGGCCCUGUAUCCUUUUCAAAUGAUAAAGCAUUUAAAGUAUGCAGUAGUAAUAACGUUAUCAAAUCUAAUUUGGUUUUAGAUAUUAUACCUAGCAGGGAAGAAAUAGUAGAUGAAUCUCGUGAAAUAGUAGAGUCGCUAGAUCGUUUUUGGAAACAUGAGUCUAUGGGAAUUGCUAAUGAUGAACAACCGGGAAAGUGUGCACCGACAGAAAUUAUGUUUAAGGAAAAUCAGCGUUAUGAAGUAGGCCUUCCUUGGAAGGAUAAUAUUGAUAAAGAAUUAGAAACGAAUUACGAUCUGAGUAAAAGGCGACUUUUGUCACUUUAUAACAAAUUGAAGGCCGAUCCUAAGUUACUUAAACAGUACAACGAGGUAUUUGAACAACAAUUGUCCGAUGGUAUUAUUGAGAAAGUAAACGAGUGUGCCUAUGAAGACAGUAACGCCCAUUUUUUAUGUCACUUCGGGGUGGUUAGAAAUGAAAGGCAGACUACUAAAUUGUGCAUAGUGUUCGAUGGUUCCGCAAGGUUUAGCACUUCAUUAUCGCUUAAUGAUCGAUUAGAUUCGGGUGUCAACCACAUGCCGCUUUUAUUUAAUACAAUUAUCCGUUUUAUGAUGCACCCUGUGGUGCUCACGGCAGAUAUUGAGAAAGCUUUUCUCCAAGUGCAAAUUAAAGAGUCCGAUCGCAACGUUUUGAGGUUCCAAUGGUUCGAUGACAUAGAGAGUGAAAACCCCUCCAUAGUUCAAUACCGGUAUUGUAGGUUGGUUUUUGGUUUGACAUGCAGCCCUUCAGUUUUAGGCGAGACCAUCAAACUACACGUGUCACAAUUUGAGUCUCAGUAUCCUCAAACUGUUAAACAUUUAAGAAAUCUCUAUUGUGACGAUUUUCUAUGUGGUGCCACUUCUACGGAGGAAGCAUUGAUGAUAUACAAACAAGCUAAGGAAAUCAUGGCUUCAGGGGGUUUUAAUCUGCGAAAGUGGAACAGUAAUGAUAAUAAUGUUUCACAGGAAAUAAGCAAACUCGAAAAUAGUAAGGUUUUAUGUGGUAAUGAUAAAGUAGUUGAAGAUGACCAAACAUAUUCCAAAUACGUUAAUGGGGCGGUAAAAACGGACGAUCAACUUAGGGUUUUAGGUAUAGGGUGGGAUAACAGCGCAGAUACACUACAGGUUGAAUUGUCAGGGGUUGUAGAAUUUGCAAAAACCCUCCCUAUAACCAAGCGUUCUGUCCUGAAGAUUGCAGCCAAAAUCUUUGACCCGAUGGGGUAUUUAGCAGUUUUGACAAUAAAUUAUAAGGCAUUUUUUCAGCAACUUUGUUUAAAGAAAUUAGCUUGGGACGAUGAACUGGACGAAGAAAACAGGAAAAAAUAUGUUUCCUUAAUCGAGGCGAUUGAAAAUUUCCCUUCGUUGAGAAGGGAAUUGAGAAGUUCCACGUUAUCCUUUUCUAACAGGGGAGAAGAUCCUGCGCAUGGAGUUGCAUGGUUUCUCUGA